AUGAUAAUUCUGUUGGUAUUUUUAAUACUGGCUUUGGACAUAUCUUAUACACAAGCUUUUCCGGAAACUGGAAAUAAGAUCAAAUCUAGAACUUUUCUGUCAACCGAGUUUGUGUUGGGGCCAGGAUCAGUUGCGAGCAAAACAUACUAUGAUAUUGACUUCCCAAGAGGUCAUAUUGCUCUCAAGAGUUUUAAUGCUGAAGUAGUUGAUCAGGCUGGGAAUUCUGUACCUCUUUAUGAAACUUACUUUCACCACUGGCUUGUGGGAAAGUACCAUGAGCAUCGCCCAUCAGGCCGUAACUUUUCGCGAAACAAUGGAUUAUGCCAGGGUCAAAUUCUUGGACAGUAUUUUGGCCUUGGAUCUGAAACACGAAAAACAGCUACACAUAUUCCAGAUCCUUUUGGAAUAGAAACUGGCAACCCUGCUGAAAUUCCUGAAGGAUAUCAGGAGAAGUGGUUUCUUGCUGUCCAUGCAAUCGAUACACGGGGUGUGGAAGAUAGGUUGGGGUGCACUGAAUGCUGGUGUGAUCUGUACAAUGUCACAAUUGAUGAAGAUGGAAACCCUAUAAGGCCAGAAUACAAGGGAGACACAGUGCAAAGUCAGACAGGGUUUUCAGGGGGCAGGAGGAGCUUCUACCUGCGAUACAUGGUGAAAUGGGUUGAUUGGGAUAGUUCCAUCAUUCCCGUUAAAGUCUUUGUGUUAGAUGUUACUGAUACUGGAAAAAGGCUCCAUGGAUCAACAGGAAUUAGUCCAGAGAAUGGCUGCCAAAUUGAGUAUGAAGUUGAGUCUUGCACUGCUACUGAUCCAGCUAGUCAAGCGUGCAUUGACAUCAAAAGAAAUAGCCUCACCAUGCCAACCGGUGGUUAUGUCAUUUAUGCUGUCGCCCACCAGCAUGCUGGUGGGAUCGGUUCAACUCUGUAUGGACAGGACGGGCGUGUUAUAUGCACUUCAAUACCAAUUUAUGGAAAAGGAAACGAGGCAGGAAAUGAGGAUGGUUACAUUGUAGGAAUGUCCACCUGUUAUCCUGAACCAGGCUCGGUCAAGAUAAUAGCUGGGGAGAAUCUGACUCUGGAAUCCAACUACAAUAGUACUAACAAGCACAUAGGAGUCAUGGGGCUUUUCUACAUUUACAUAGCAGAACAGACGCCAAAUGUGACUCUCACACAUGCUCCUGUUCAGAUUCACGAAAACAUGAAAUUAACAGCUUAUGGUUGGUCAGUAGUGGCUUUCAUUGGACUAGCAGUGACUACUGCUAUUGCUGUAUAUUCUUGGCUAAAGAAAAGGAGAGAAGGUGGCUACAAGCCAGUUCCUAAAUGA